UCUGUCAGAUGGCGCUUCAGUGAAAAAAUUGGAAAAUACACAGGCGGACGCGAAAAUCGCGAAAAAUUCAAUUUUGGCUAAGAAUUCAGUGAAAAUAAAUUCCUUUUGGUUUUUACGAGUCAUCAAAUAAGUAAAUGUGUUAAUUGUGCAGUGGAAAAAUCUCUCCAAAGCCGUUAAAUCCUUAUUGCAACGAGGGACACUUUUUUACCUGACAGAUCCAUGGUUGCAAUGAUGAAGCACAAUAUUUUGGUAACAAAAAUUGCCGGAAGAAUAUUAGUGUGAUUUAGUUGAUAUUCUGACGACAUUCUUCAGUGGCUCUAUUUUUAGUUUUUUGUUGCCCAGUAAGCAUGAGUGAGUCGGAGGAUCUCCUGAAGAAGGAGGAGGAUACUACUGAGCCUGUUGUGGAAGUUCCAGAGGACACAAUGGUCACUGCCAGUAAAGAAAAAUCUCCAGAUGAGCCAGACUCAUCUGUGGCAAAGACUGAAGGGAGUCUUUUCUCGGUGAUUUACACCGUGGCGAAGAAAGUAGCUGUUGUCGGGGCAAUUUAUUUUGUGGGCUACAUGGGAUGGUCAGUGGCAUGGCUGAUAGCUCCUGUGAUCCUUUCGGUUGCACGCACAGAGAUGCGUAAGAAGACAGAUCUCCGGAGGAACAUUGCAAAGGCAUCGGCUAUUGCCACGGAACGUGAAAUGAUUCUGGCCAGAAUUGACGAACUACCUGCUUGGGUCUACUUCCCCGAUAUUGAACGCUGUGAAUGGGUUAAUAGGAUUCUUAAGCAGGUAUGGCCAAAUGCUAAUCACUACGCCAAGGGUCUCAUCAAGAACACCAUUGAGCCCAAUGUCCAGAAGGCUCUUGCCAAUUACAAACUCAACAGCUUCAAAUUCGAUCGCAUGAUCCUGGGCACAAUUCCACCGAGAAUUGGUGGAGUUAAAGUCUAUGACAAGAAUAUUUCACGCAAUGAGAUUAUCAUGGAUCUCGAUCUCUUCUAUGCCAGUGACUGUGAUAUUAAUUUCAAUCUGGGCGGAAUGAGGGGUGGUAUAAAAGAUUUUCAGAUUCAUGGAAUGGUACGCGUGAUCAUGAAGCCCCUAAUUAACAAAAUGCCCCUCGUUGGAGGACUUCAGAUUUUCUUCCUGAACAAUCCCAAUAUUGACUUCAAUUUGGUGGGUGUGGUUGAUUUGCUGGACAUGCCGGGUCUCAGUGACAUGCUACGGAGGAUUAUCAUUGAGCAAGUUGGUGCUAUUAUGGUGCUGCCCAAUAAAUUGCCCAUCAAAUUGAGUGAUGAAGUUCCAGCUGUUACCCUCCAGAUGCCCGAACCAGAGGGUGUCCUCAGAGUACAUGUGAUGGAAGCUAAGGAUCUGAUGAAGAAGGAUAUUUCGGUGCUUGGCAAGGGAAAAUCCGAUCCAUAUGCAGUUGUAACAGUGGGUGCUCAGCAGUUCCGGACGCAGAUCAUCGACAACACAGUUAAUCCAAAAUGGGACUUUUGGUGUGAGGCAUCGAUCGAAAGUGGGCAGUAUGUGGAAAUCGAGAUAUUCGACAAAGACGACACGAGUGAUGAUGAAUUUUUAGGAAGAGCAACCGUUGAGAUCACCAGCGUGGUGAAGAAAGGACAAGUCGAUACGUGGCUCACAUUGGAGAAUGCCAAGCAUGGAAUGGUUCAUUUGAGAUUAGCUUGGAUGACACUGAGUACCGAUCGCAAUGAUCUAUCAGCUGCUUUGGCUGAGACACAGAUGUUGCGUGUAACUUCAAUGAGUACAGCUCUCUUGACCAUUUUCAUUGAUUCAGCCAAGAAUUUGCCUCAGGCUCGGCCACAGAGUAAACCUGAUCCUUUUCUCAUUGUCAAUGUGGGCAAGAAGCAGGAACAGACAUCUGCUCAGAUGAGAACUGAUGCUCCAGUUUGGGAGCAAGGUUUUACAUUUCUUGUGGCUAAUCCGGAAAAUGAUUCCGUUCAGUUGAAAAUUGUUGAUCAUAAGACGGAGAAGGAACUUGGAAAGUUCAGUUAUGCUUUGAGUUCUCUAUUGGCAAAGGCCAAUAUGGAUGUUGUUUCUGAGCCAUUUACCCUCCAAAAGUCAGGUCCAGUGUCCAAGAUUAUUAUGUCAAUGUCCCUGAGAAUUCUGCGAAAUGCCCCAAAUACUGAAGAUGAGAUAGAAUCUACGGGAAGUAAUGGAGAGGGAUCACUCUCAAGGACGGAUUCUGUGAAGAGUGCUCAGCUCUCAAAGCAGGAUUCGAGAUUGUCUGUUGACACAGCAUCCCGAGAUAUCUCGGGAUCAACUCCAGAAGAACCCUGUGUGGUUUCUUCAACGGCAACUGUGUCUUCCGCGACACCACCAGCAACUCCAGAAUAUGGAGAUUCCACUUUGAUUCAUCGCACAACCAGUACUACAUCUUCAGGUGGAGUUGCUGGCUUGGGAAGGAUUCAGCUAACACUGCGCUACAGUGUUCAGCGACAGAGACUUAUUGUUAUUGUGCACAAGAUCAUGAAUAUUCCCCUGAAGGAUCCGUCCAAUAUCCCUGAUCCCUAUGUUAAGCUCUAUCUCCUCCCAGGACGCUCCAAGGAGUCCAAACGGAAGACCAAUGUGGCCAAGGAUAACUGCAAUCCCAUCUAUGAUGCUACUUUUGAGUACAUCAUCUCGACGGCAGAAUUAAUUGGAUCAGAGCUGGAAGUGACAGUAGCCACGCAAAAGGGCUUCCUCAGUGGAGGAAGUCCAGUAAUUGGAAUUGUCAGGGUACCCCUCAAUGACAACGAAAUCUCUCAACAAGGAAGCACUGCAUGGUAUGAUCUGCUUCCUGAAAAUUAUGAGUAAGAAAUUAUGCUUCGGCAUUUUGUGCAAAAAAAAAUGUAAGGGUAAAACUUGAUUCACAUGUAUUAAAUUUUUAAUCCAAAUAAAUAUUUUGGUUGCAUCGCAUUUUCUGAUUGGCUAGGGCUUUUAAUGCCUUCAAACUCUAGUCAAUCAAAAAUUACGAUAGAAUUAAAAUAUUUUAUGGGAAUAAAUCUUUAACUACAAUUGAAUAGUGCUUAAUAAUGCAUUUUGUGUGAUCUCUAAAGGCCUCUACACAUUGUGAGCAAUUUUCGUCAAAAAUUGCUUUUUUGAAGGAAAUUAUUGUCUACAACGCUCUAGGUAGAAACGUCAAAAUUCUGUCAAAAAUGCAUUUUUUGACGAAAAUUGUUCCCAAUAUGUAGAAACCUUAAAUUGGUCACAGCUUUCAUCUCAGAGAUGAUUGCAAAUUACCGGGGAGCUUUUUUUCUGUCCAAAAAAAAAUCUUGUUCAAUUAAAUUGAUACUCGUGGAUAAAUUUUAUCAAUUUUAGAAAUAAUUCAAAGAAAAUUUUGAAGCUUUUUCUCACAAUUUAUUAAAUAAAUGUGGAUUUUUUUGGGGGAAUAAUGUCUAUUAAAGCUUUGAAUAAAUAUGUAAUAAUAUGUUUAGUGAUAAUUUAUUAGGUUUCUGAUAUUCAAAAUUUACAAAAUUUUCGUGUGAUUACAAGAAAAAAAAUCAGCAGCUAAAGGGAUACAAAAUUAAAAUUUUUAGGAAUCUCAAACAAUUAGGAAUUAAAAAAUAUAUAAAAAGAAUAUACCGUGGAGAUACGUAUUUUUUCAAAUUCGAAAAUUAAAAUCACAAAAUUUUAAUCUGCACAAAAUUUUGAUCAAAAAUUUCAUUCAAAAUAAAUUGAGCUUUGAUUUUCAUAAAUAAAGGAAAAUUUAAGCUAAAGAAGAGAUUAAUUAUAUAAUAUUCGGUCAAUAAGCGGUGUAAGAGAAAGAAAAAUAGUAUUUUCACUUUGGUUCUUUUCUCUGUCUUGUAAAAGAAUAAAGAAAUAAUAAAGGGGGAGAGAACCAGAUCCAAAAUCGGUAUUUCACUGUUAAGGGCUCUACACACUAGAAGCAAUUUCUUUAAAAAAAAAUGCCUUUUUAAAGAAAAUUUUCCCUAUCCUUAGAAUUUAAAAAGGCAAUUUUUGGCGAAAAUUGCUUCCUAAUGUGUAUGUAGACACCAUUAUAAAGAAGACAUUGUUGUAGAACUAGAGGUCUCGCUACUUUUAAUUUAUUAAGAGGUUAGAUGGAAAUGUGAGGUUAAGUUGAGCUUAACCAUAAAAAAUUACAAAAAGAUAAAACAGCAGAUAUUUUUUCACCACAAAAACUAACUUUCAAAAUGGUUUAAAAUAAUUUUUGUAGUAUUUUUUGCCAGCUAAGACAAGGCUUUGAUUUUUUUUCAGUUUAUAGAAAGGUUAUAUUACAAUUUGAAUUUUUUAAGAAAGAUAUUAUCGAUCGUAUAUUUAGAAUUAAAUGCCACACGAAAUUUUUUGAAUAAUUUAAAAAUGUACAGUCCUUUUUUCACAAUUGAAAUUCAGCUCCAGAGAGACUUUUAACGUAAUCUAACCUAGAGAAAAUAUUCUAAGGUUAGAUAUUUUUAUAUACAAUACAAAAGUGUUUUAAAAGAGAGCGCCCCAGCUUUGCGGAAUGCUCGACCUUACAAGUUAACUGAUAUACAUCUUAGAUGUAUAUCAUUUUAUUACCGAUUAAAUUCAUUCACAAAUAGAAGAACAAUUCUAAACUAAAAAAAAAUGGCUAAGAAUUGUGCAUUUUAGAUUGCUCUUGUUAUUAGUAACAUACUUACGCGUAAAUAAUAUGAUAUAUAUUCGAGAAACACAAAUCAAUUACGAUUACAUGACCAAUUCAUUACCGAUUGGGAAUGAUUAGCCGAAUGAGAAAUGUCAAACCCUUUCCAAAAAAAUCAUAUUUAACCAAAAUCUGUUAAAAAUAAGUCCUCGAAAGUGAUUGAACUUUGACCUUCAAUAAUUCAAAAUGGCAGUAUUUCCGAUCACAGGUGUGUUUGAACGAAGUGUUCGCCUAGGCAUCCUCUAAUGGCCUCUACACACUAGACAGAUUUAUGUCCAUAUUGAAGCAAAUUCCGUACGCUGGUGUAGGAAAAACUCUUCAAUAUGGACAUAAAUUUCUCUAGUCUGUAGAGGCCAUAAAACAUAUCCGAAAAUAAAAGAAAUCUAUAUUGCCAUUUUCGAAAUAAACCGAAAAAAUAUGGUUUUGGAGGGAAUGAGCAGGGGUUAAGGGAAAAAGAAAAAAAAAGACCGUCCAAGAUAAUGUCCAGCUUUGAGAGGGCUCAUUGAAGACCGUAAGUCGAUAUCGCCUAUCGCUUGACCUCUAACUUCGAAACAAACUUACGCUCAAGCUGAAAAAUAAUUUCCGAAAAAAAUGAUUCAAUUAUCGCUACCUAACAUUUAAUACCGGUGAAAACAACCAGAUUUGAAAUUUCAAUACCUUUCCGAAAAAUCCAAAUUCGACCAAAUCGAUUAAAAAACACAUCCAAAGUAAUUGACCUUUGAUCUUCAAUAAUUUAAACCUGCGAUUUGUUCGGUCAAAGGUAUGUUUGGACGAAAAUGUUCGUCUAAGCCUAAGCUACCUCCAAAAUAUAUCCGAAAAUAAAAGAAACCUAGUGCCCCUUGUGCCGUUUUCGAAAUAUGACAAAAAAAGUUUUCGGAGAUCGAAAAGGGUGAGGGGAAAAUGAAAAAAAAACAUCUAGAAAUAAUGCUUUUUUUUAUUGGAGCUCAUCAACGACCGAAAGUUGAUUUCUUUUACCGUUUAAGCUCCAGAACAGUGAAAAGUUGGAAAAAGUCAGGUUAUUUAACUGCUUUCUCUUUCAGUUCGAGCAAUAAAGUUAUUUUAGAAUCGCUUAUUUUAUUUUAUCAAAGACCAAUUUAGCUAAAUGAAAACAAUAUUUAAUAAAAGUUAUUUUUUUUUCUAAAAAAACAACAUUUUUUAAAUUGCCCUAUCAGUUUGUUAAUUCUCUACUGCGAUCAGUUUUACAACCCAGAAAAGUACUGAUUUUCUGCGUUCAUGCUGAACCUUUUUUUAUUAUUAUUCGAACAUAACCUUUUUAAUAAAUUCAAGAAUUUUACAAAUCAUUGCUUGUACAAAUGCAUGAGCGAGACUUCUAGAACUAGAACUAGUUUUCUCUCAAUUUUUCUAAAUAAUUUUUACAAAUAUAUAAUAUUUACAAAACUGAAAGUUAAUUGUGUCAACAGUGUUAACUCUAGGAGAAUAUUAUCCAUCAGUUUUCAAAUUAAAAAAAUUAGAAGAAAAAUGUUAAACUUUUGAAAAGUUUGCACAAAAAUUUUAUAGUUCUUGCACAUUUUUUUAAGUUAAAAUCAACUCAAGAAUAUCUCCAUAAAAUCCCUAGGAAGAUUUAUGAUGAAAGUUUUUCUUUAUUGCAUGAAACAUGAAAUUUGCAAAAUGAAAUAGAUUUGAUAUAUCUUCGAGUAUUUCCCCGUAAAAUUUGAUAUGAUAGAACCCUGUUGUGAACUCUCUGUGCUUUAAAACAAUAACAAUAAUUAUAUUUAAAAUAAAAAAAAGAAUAUGUUGAAAACCUAAUCAAAAAAGUUGUACAAGUAGAAUGUGUGAAAAUAUUAGGGAACUCCUAUUGACUUUUUUAUUUGCUAUGAUUGUAUUUUUCUCUGAUGAAAGAUUUAUUGUGAAGCCAACCUCUCUCACUGUCCAUGUCAGAUUAUACAAAGGAGAAUUAUUUUUUUUAUUUUACAAACAAAAAUUGUGUAAUUUUACUAGCAUUUAGUGUAACAUAGCACUUUAUUGGGAAUCUUUUAAAUUCUUAUGUGACACAACCAUUUACAAAAUGGAUUUUAUGUAUUUAAUAAAGAAAUAAAUAUAUAUACAUAUAUAUUGUUAUGUGCCUACAAACUGUACUCAAUUAUGGAAAAAUAAAAUUAUAUUUAAAAUUAAAA